CCUUCCCUUCCCGUUCUUCACCAAUACGAAAGAAAUGUUCUUGAAGCUAUGGGGCUGGUAUCGCAACUGCCUAACCUCUCAUCCGUUGAAGACCCAGGUCAUCAGCUCCGGUUUCCUUUGGGGCGCCGGCGAUAUUGGUGCGCAAUACGUCACUCACUCCACUGCCAUUAAGCGUCUUCAGUGUACCCAGGAUAAAGAGGCUGAAUUCAGGAUAAAUUGGAAGCGCGUAGCUAUUACCAGUGCAUUUGGCCUUGGAUUUGUCGGUCCAGUUGGCCAUUUCUGGUAUGAGAACUUGGACAAGUUUAUCAGGUUGAGACUUAAACUAACACCAAAAUCAGCUCGGUUUGUGGCUGCUAAAGUGGCAGCUGACAGCAUAAUCUUUGGGCCCUUGGAUCUGCUAGUAUUUUUCACCUACAUGGGAUUUUCUACUGGGAAGAAUGCUGCUCAAGUGAAAGAAGACGUGAAGAGGGACUUCCUUCCAUCGCUGGCCUUGGAAGGCGGUAUUUGGCCACUGGUUCAAGUGGCUAACUUCAGAUAUGUACCAGUACAGUACCAACUUCUCUAUGUCAAUUUCUUUUGCUUGAUAGACAGCGCUUUCUUGUCGUGGGUCGAGCAACAAAAAGAUGCUCCAUGGAAACAGUGGUUCAAAUCGGUCCAGAUUUUGAAAGAGAAAGGAGGGCAAGGCAGAUUAUGAUAAUCAUGAUAUUCUCUUCUCUUUUCCUGUCUCAACUUCUUUUCAUUUUUGACUGUGUUACUCUUUGAAUCUCACUCAUAGCUGUAACAUGAGGAGAGUUAGCAGGAUAGGCUUGUUGAAGAUUGGAUUUGGGAAUUGAAUUAGUUGCUCCUAUUGUAUGAUUUUGUAUCAACUGUAAUAAUUCGUUCCCCAACUUUAAUGCAAGAAUCAGAGUGAAUCCUGUGAUUUGACAGGGUUACUAUUGAUGUUCCUAACUGCAUAAUGUAGAGAACAAUUUGUUCAUGCUCAA